AUCGGCUACCGUUGCAGGUAUUUUAUUUUCUCGCCAACGACCUCGGCCGCCAUCAUCAUACCCAUCCUCCGCCUGAAGACCCGACAACACCGUUGCACAUGAUGGCUUCUUUCAAUUAAGGCGGCGUGCUGGUUCUCGUGAUUGCAGCAUCUCGGGCUCUACUCUCUUUUCGAGUUUUCGCCCUUUCUUUUCGAACUUGAUCGCUCAAAACCUCCAAGAUGAUACCACGAAUACAUCUGCUCUUCCUUUUUGAAAUGACCACCGCUUGUGCAAUGUCUGUUCUUUUACGAUCUCAUUGACUUCACUCAUCCUGUUAUCGACUGUAUAUUUUGUAUAUUUGUUCCCAGCCGUUGGCUCACAUAGCGAACACAUAACCUCUUGAACCGGGCCGAUACACCAAGACCCGAUGUCGGUGUUCACCUUCGACCCCAAUCCGCCGCGGGUUGCAUCCCCAUGGCUACGGCCUGGCAACUCCGACAAGUUUCCAGGCCCGACCCAGUCCGCAGACCGACAAGGACCCGUUGGCUUUGGCUUACUCUCGGACUACGGUGUCACCAAGCUCGAGCCUGAGCCGCAGGAUGGCCCUACCGAAUAUAAGCUUCAUUUGCUGUUGAGGCCACGGAGGAAGUAUGAACGGAUCAGCACGGCGACUCGCAUCAGCGGGUCCACCCAGUCACGACCGUCUUCCGAUUCCAGGACGGUCAAGGCGGGCCCGCCGAGCCCUGGGCCCUCCGUUACCUCAACUCAAUCGCGCCAGGACCGUCUUGAGCACCUUACGACCCAGCUCUUGUGGAGGCUGCAGCAGUCGUGUCCUUACCAUGCCGGUUCUGCCUCGCCUGGGCUCGUCAUCCCCCAGCUCCCCGACGAGAACGCCCCUCUGGAUGCACCAGUCCAACUGGGCAAGUUGCUCCCGGGGCUGGAGGCAUCGAGGGGAGCACUCUACGAAAUCGGUGUCGCCGACGAUGGCACGCUUGCGGGCCUGACCAAAGACGAGAUGGACGAGAGUCUCAGCACCCUUCGCAUCAUGGCUGCCAGUCUGGGCUGCAACAUGGAGGUGCUCCGGAUGCUGGUUGUUGGAGAAUGUGAGUGGGUAGACGCGAGCGGAGCCCAGGACUCCGGCAGUUCAGGAUCAGAGGGGAUCGUGCACAGGGCAAAAUUAUGGGUUGCUGAGGCUUUGGUCACGCCCGACCUGCGGCCCAGAGACGACACCCGGUCACCAAGCACGAGAUCCCUGGGAGCGGCACGGCCGGCCGAGGCCUUGCCCGACCCAAAGCAAGGGCCACUCACUACGGAUCAGUUGCGCGUCACGGUUACGGGUCCGACGACGUCCGGGAAGUCCACUCUCUUGGGAACACUUUCGAGCGGGACCCUCGACAAUGGCCGUGGCAAAGGGCGGCUUGGCCUUCUCAAGCACCUCCACGAGGUCGCGUCCGGCGUCACGUCGUCUGUCACGCAGGAACUUGUCGGCUACAACAAUGAGGAUAUUAUCAACUACGCUCAUAGCGGAGUCGAGUCCUGGAUUGAUAUCCACGACUUCACCAAAGAUGGCCGUCUGGUCUACCUGGUGGAUUCUGCCGGCCACCCGCGCUACCGACGAACCAUCCUCCGAGGUAUCGUCGGCUGGGCUCCUCACUGGACCUUGCUCUGCAUCGCGGCUGACAGUGCUGAGCUCGUCUCCGCUGCGGGUGCCACGUCCGCUUCCCAAGACGUGCUUGGGACCGUCGGCGCGAACAUUGAUCUUGCGUCGGCUCAUCUGGACCUCUGUUUACGACUUGGUCUGCCGCUCGUCGUCGUCAUCACUAAGUUGGAUCUGGCAACCAAGUCGAGCCUGUCCACCACCCUUAACAAGAUCCUCUCGGGUUUAAAGGGAGCUAAGAGGGUGCCGAAGAUCGUGAAGGGGGGCUCGGCAGGGGACUCGGAACCCACGCGCAUGUCCGACCAGGAUAGAAAAGCCGUCAGGGACGCACUUGACUGCAUCAAGGCAAGCGAGGACCCGUCGUCGGUUGUUCCUAUCUUGCUCACCAGUUCGGUCGAUGGGCGGGGGAUCGGCACACUGCACGCAUUGCUUCAGGGCCUCCCGCUUCCCCCAACGCCUACCUCUUUCGAUUACAUCGGGGCAGCGCUAAACCCCGAGCAGCCGGCAUGUCUGUUUCACAUCGAAGACAAGUUCAGCCUGCCCGCGUCCUAUGCGCUCGCCACGAGCGACAACAACCAGCCGACCGAUCUGGGUACUGUCGUAGCCGGAUACCUCCGCUUCGGCAGCCUCUCGAUCGGCGACAAGGUGGUCGUGGGACCCUUCCCUCCGGAUGAUGACGACCAGGGCAACACGCCCGAAGACCGCGGGACUCCCCACAGCUGCGGACUCUCGCUCUCGCACCCUUCGUCGGCCGAACUCAGCCGCGCCGCCUCCAGAAACGCAGUGUCGGCAUCGACCAUCAGCGGCGAAUGGCACACCGCCUCCAUCGUCAGCAUCCGCAAUCUGCGCCUCCCCGUACAGACGCUCUCCGCGGGCCAGGUCGGAUCGAUCGGGAUGGUCUUCGAUCCCCCACCGACUCCAGCAGGUCAUCACACCAACGGCGGCGUGGACACCAACGGUGCCUCGGGCCGCCACGCGCUGCCGGCUACGAGUACCAAGACCCCCCGACUGCGCAAAGGCAUGAUCUUGGCCGUGCCCAGCGAGCACAUGGUCUCGUCUGGCCUGUCGCUGCAGGCAGUCAGCGGGCUGACGGCAGUGUUUGACGAGAGCAACCGGGGCAUCGGCGCGCUGACGGUCGGCAGCCUAGUCAAUAUUUACGUGGCGAGCGUCCGGUCUGCCGCGCGGGUGGUGCGCGUAUCGAGGAUGGAACGGCAGAAUGGGGGUGGUAAUGGUGAUGGUGACGACGGCGGAAAGGCGGGAGCGGAUGGGCUUGACGACGACCUGUUCGGGCUUUCCGAGGACAUGGGCGUGGAGAAUAUCGACGCGCGGGAAGUUGCCGUGGAUGGCAGUGUCGAGGUGCAGUUGGAGCUGCUGUCGACGAGAGAGUGGGUCGAGCUGGGGUCGCGGAUCUUGGUCCUCGAGGGUGGACGACAGGACCGGUCCGGGUUGGAAGGGUUCGUCGGGAAGGUUGUUGAGAUCACGGAAUGACGCGAGUAUUGUGGGUGAGCUUAGGUUUACAUGUUGUAUCUUACGCCGUUUUCUCUAGUUUUUGGUAUCAGCAUUCUCUCUGCCUUUGUAGCUUUUGACAUCUAACGCACCUAUUACCCAAGAUCAUCGACCAAGCCGGCGGGCCUUUAUUGUUCAGAUAUGAAAAGGUCAGGACCCUGACGCGAAAGUUCUCGGCGUAUGUAUUCCUGGAACCUCAUGCAAGCUUUGCCGCGAGACCCCAAAGAAGCCAAGAUUAGGGAGAUAGAUGGUGUUUCGUGGCUGGUUACCUCCAUCCCUCCGCUCUGUGACGGAAAUCCUG